AUGGGUGAUCAUAGUGAUGACUGUCAUGAUCAGGCCUUCCGUAAGAUCAAGCUCAGAGUAGAUGAAGUUCAGGGCAAGAACCUCCUCACCAACUUCCAUGGUAUGGAUUUCACACCUGACAAACUUCGGUCUUUGACUCUUAUCGAAGCUCACGUCGAUGUCAAGACAACCGAUGGCUAUCUUUUACGUCUAUUUGCAAUUGCAUUUACCAAGAGACGUCAAAAUCAAGUAGAUAUCCGCAAGGUAAAAAUUCUAAAAAGCCCGAAGUUCGAUAUACAAAAGUUGCUUGAACUUCACAGCGACGCAGCCGAUACAGGCUCUAGAGUAGGGGGUGUGCAAAUAGAGACUUCAAAGAACCAGAGGUCUUACAAUCCGCGUAAAUUGCGCCCAAAUAUAAUAAUCUACAAACAAAAAGAAAUUGCAAAAUUUGUUCCAUGA